GAUGGCUGCCUUCCCUCCCUCUUCCACUUCCUCCUUCUCUCCGACUGCUCAACCGCCCAGAUUCAUCAGCUCCUCCUCCUCUCCCUUCUCCGCCUACUCUUCCCAGUCGCGGUCGCACUAAGGCCGGGAUGUCCCUCUGUUCCCAGGUCAGUGCCCUACCAGCAGCAGAGAGUUAAGCACCCGGCUAAAACCGACUGGAAGGCCGAGAGGUACUGGAUUAAGGAGGGACUGUGGGAGGGAGAGAGGACGGGCGUGGAGGGCCGGCCUGAGCUCCAGCCCACGCAGCGGUCCCAAGGGAAAAUCGUCCCCAGCUGGGAAAGCCCCUCUCCCUAGUGGACACCACAGCCAGCUCUGCUCUCCUCCCUCCCUUCCGUUUCUGGAGCGGUAGGAAACUUCGUCUCCGCUAACUUGCAGCCGGGGCGCCGGUGAGCAGCUGCGAUUGAGGAGGGGCUGCCCGGGGGCGCUAAGACAGGCUCUGAGCCGCGCACUUCGGAGAUGGCCCCUUGGCUGGGGAGGCGGCGGCGACGGCGGCUGCCGCUAUCGCUUUUCCCUCUCCGGCGCCGCUGCCUCCACCUCUUUCUCCCCGGCCUCCUGCUGCUGCUGUGGCCGCCCCAGCCACCUCUCUGCUAUGCCUUCAACCUGGAUGUGGAUAGUCCCGCCGAAUAUUCUGGCCCGGAGGGAAGUUACUUCGGCUUUGCGGUGGAUUUCUUCGCCCCAGACCCUUCCUCGAUGUUCCUUCUGGUUGGAGCUCCCAAAGCAAAUACUACCCAACCUGGUAUUGUAGAAGGAGGACAAGUGCUUAAGUGUAGCUGGUCUUCUAAUCGCAUAUGCCAGCCAGUGGAAUUUGACUCAACAGGCAACAGAGAUUAUGCCAAGAAUGAUCCAUUGGAGUUUAAGUCUCACCAGUGGUUUGGAGCUUCCGUGAGAUCUAAACAGGAUAAAAUUUUGGCCUGUGCUCCACUGUAUCAUUGGAGGACUGAACUAAAACAAGAGAGAGAACCUGUUGGAACAUGUUUUCUACAAGAUGGAACAAAGACUGUUGAAUAUGCUCCCUGCCGGUCAAAAAAUAUUGAUGCUGAUGGACAGGGAUUUUGUCAAGGAGGAUUCAGCAUUGAUUUUACAAAAGCAGACAGAGUACUUCUGGGAGGUCCUGGUAGUUUUUAUUGGCAAGGUCAACUCAUUUCUGAUCAAGUGGCAGAAAUUGUAUCUAAAUAUGACCCUCAUGUAUACAGCAUCAAAUAUAAUAACCAGUUAGCAACUCGGACAGCUCAGGCUGUUUUUGAUGACAGCUACUUAGGUUACUCAGUGGCUGUUGGGGACUUCAAUGAUGAUGGCAUAGAAGACUUUGUUUCUGGAGUCCCAAGAGCUGCAAGGACAUUGGGAAUGGUUUAUAUUUAUGAUGGAAAAAAUAUGUCUUCUUUGUAUAAUUUUACUGGAGAACAGAUGGCUGCAUAUUUUGGAUUUUCUGUAGCUGCCACUGACAUUAAUGGGGAUGAUUAUGCAGAUGUAUUUAUUGGUGCCCCUCUCUUCAUGGAUCGUGGGUCUGAUGGCAAACUCCAGGAAGUAGGUCAGGUCUCCAUGUGCCUACAGCAAGCUUCCGGAGGUUUUCAGAUCAUAAAGCUGAAUGGCUUUGAGAUUUUUGCCAGAUUUGGCAGUGCUAUUGCCCCUCUGGGAGAUCUUGACCAGGAUGGCUUCAAUGAUGUUGCAAUUGCUGCCCCCUAUGGGGGUGAAGACAAACGAGGGAUUGUUUAUAUCUACAAUGGAAGAGCCACAGGCUUAAAUUCAGCACCAUCUCAAAUCCUAGAAGGACAGUGGGCUGCCCGGGCCAUGCCACCAAGCUUUGGGUACUCGUUGAAAGGAGCCACAGAUAUAGAUCAAAAUGGAUACCCAGAUUUAAUUGUAGGUGCUUUUGGUGUGGACCGAGCUGUAUUAUAUAGAGCCAGGCCAGUUAUCACUGUAAAUGCAGGCCUGGAAGUUUACCCCACUAUUCUAAAUCAAGAUAAUAAGACCUGUCCACUCCCUGGCACAGAUGUCAAAGUUUCCUGUUUUAACGUGAGAUUCUGCUUAAAGGCCGAUGGCAAAGGAAGGCUUCCAGAGAAGCUGAAUUUCCAGGUUGAACUUCUUUUAGAUAAACUGAAGCAAAAAGGAGCUAUUAGGAGAGCCCUGUUUCUCCAUAACAAAUCACCUGGGCACUCAAAAAAUAUGAGUAUUUCAAAAGGUGGUCAGAUGCAAUGUGAAGAGCUUACCGCAUAUCUACGGGAUGAAUCUGAAUUUAGAGACAAGCUCACUCCAAUUACUAUUUUUAUGGAAUAUCGAUUAGAUUACAGGACUGCAGCUGAUGUAACUGGAUUGCAACCUAUUCUUAACCAGUUCACUCCUGCCAAUAUUAGUCGACAGGCUCACAUUCUGCUGGACUGUGGUGAAGAUAAUGUCUGUAAACCCAAACUGGAAGUUUCUGUACAUAGUGAUCAAAAGAAGAUCUAUAUUGGUGAUGACAACCCUCUGACACUGAUUGUUAAUGCCCAGAAUCUAGGGGAAGGAGCCUAUGAGGCUGAGCUCAUUGUGUCCAUUCCGCCCCAGGCAGAUUUCAUUGGUGGUGUCCGUAACAGUGAAACUUUAUCAAGGCUGUCCUGUGCAUUUAAAACAGAGAAUCAAACACGCCAGGUGGUAUGUGACCUUGGGAAUCCCAUGAAGGCUGGAACUAAACUUUUAGCUGGUCUUCGUUUCAGUGUACACCAACAGUCAGAGAUAGAUACUUCUGUGAAGUUUGAUUUACAAAUCCAGAGCUCUAAUCUAUAUGACAGAGUGAGCCCAAUGGUAUCUUACAAAGUUGACCUUGCUAUUUCUGCUGCUGUUGAGAUAAGAGGAGUCUCAAGCCCUGAUGAUGUCUUCCUUCCUAUUCCAAACUGGGAGCAUAAGGAGAAUCCACAGACUGAAGAGGAUGUUGGGCCUGUUGUUCUACACAUCUAUGAGCUGAGAAACAAUGGUCCAAGUUCAUUCAGCAAGGCGAUGCUAAAUCUCCAGUGGCCUUACAAAUAUAACAACAACACUCUGCUAUAUAUUCUUCAUUAUGAAGUUGAUGGACCAAUGAACUGUACUUCAGAUAUGGAGAUUAACCCAUUGAAAAUUAAGAUUUCAACUCCUCACACAGAUGAAAAAAAUGAAACAAACUUAGGACAAGGUGACCGGAGUCAUCACAUCAGUCGGCGGGAUUUACCUCCAAAUGAAGGGGAUGUACACACUUUGGGGUGUGGGACUGCUGAGUGCUUGAAGAUUGUCUGCCAGGUUGGUCGCCUUGAUAGGGGAAAGAGUGUGAUCCUGUAUGUAACAUCUCUGCUGUGGACUGAGACAUUCAUGAAUAAGGAAAAUCAAAAUCAUUCAUACUCCUUGAAGUCAUCAGCUUCAUUCAGUGUCAUAGAAUUUCCCUACAAGAACCUCCCUAUUGAUGACAUCCACAACUCUACUUUAGUUACCACUAAUAUUACCUGGGGUAUUCAGUCAUCGCCCAUGCCAGUGCCUUUGUGGGUGAUCAUUUUAGCAGUUCUAGCUGGAUUAUUAUUAUUGGCUGUUCUGGUCUUUGUAAUGUACAGGAUGGGGUUUUUUAAACGGGUCAGACCACCUCAGGAAGAACAGGAAAGAGAACAGCUUCAACCUCAUGAAAAUGGUGAAGGGACGUCAGAUGCUUAAGAACUUUUAAUUUAUGCAAAAUACUUAAACUUUAAAAUUGCCAACUUCAUUAUGGAUUUCAGUUUCUCUCAAGAGGAAUAAACACUCCAUGACUACACUGCUGAUUACACCCUUUGGCAUAGAUGAAAGCCCUAAACAGCAAAAUGAGACAAUAUGUGUCAGCCAUAUCUUGUAUUAACCAUGUUCCUAAUCUGACUAGUAAUGCACUUGCACUGACAUGUGUGGAAAUAAGUAUUGUUUAGUGAUUAAGACCUUGCCCUGUUUGAUGCACAUCAUACCUAUAUUUUUUGAAUUGCCACUUGGACUUAAUGAAAAUGUUAAAACUGAGAGCUUUUGUAGUUACUGUUUCUAACAAUGGUUUUGUUUUUUUGUUUUUUUCUUCAAGACAAAACUUUAUUGGGCCUUAGCUUCCAAUUCUUCUGCACAGAUUCAUAUUGUUAAUAAACAUUACACUACAGGUGAUUUUCAAGGUACUAAUGGAUGUGUACAGACACAACUUAGUGAAUUUUGACAUAUAAGAUUAUUUAAAUUCAUGUUAGUACUUUACUCUCUAUGUGACUCCAUCAGUCAUCUUCCUAAUGAGUAUAAACAAACUACUAUAAACGUAGUAGUCAGAAUCACUAAAUAUGUUUGAGCCUUCUGGUUUUAUUGCAUUUUAAUUUUUUAAAAAUUGCUUUUGUCUCAAGGACAAACAAUUUAGUCAGUAAAUGCAAAAUAUUAAAUAUCUAAUUGUAUACUUUCUUUUACAGUAAUUAAAUUUUAAUAAUUGCAUUUAAAUCAUCAUCUUGAAAGCCAUAUAGGAACUUAAAUCAUUCCAAAAUUACCUUUAUUCACAUUUUAAAAUAAUUUGGAUGUACUCCUGAUCAAUCAAAUGUUUAUGAGUAUUUGAUUUUAAUCAACUUCUGUUAUAAGUGAAAAUAAUAUGAAUGAAAAGAUCUUCAUUGUUGAUGUAGCUAUUGUUAUUGUAAAACACUUCACUGUUUGGGUUCAGUCAGUUUUGUAAUUUGAGAUUGUUUAUCUUAAAAUACAUUUCCCUUUUUAUUUUGAAACUGACUUAUAGGAAAAUAAUCUCAAGAAAAAUGGAAAUUAAUUUACUUUGGUUUGAAUUUGCUUUUCCCUCCUUAGAAGAAAUGUUUAUGUGUAAAACAGAAUCAGUCCCACUCCUCAACCCAACUCACCAUUGGGUUUAUUUUUAGAAUAAGAUGUUAAUAAUAUAAAUUGUUUUCCUAGGAUUAAGAUUAGUUAUAAACCAACCUUCAGUUUUUCCUAAUCUAUGAUAAUUUAUAAAGACAAAAGAAUUCCCCAUAUGAAAACAUGGAUAAGGCUAAUUUUCUGCACAUUUUAAUGAUAGCUAUAUAUGUAAGGAACUUCUAUUUUUAAAUCCCUGUGGUGGUGAAUCUUCAAGAGUAAGAUUUUGAUGUGCUUACCAAUCUUUAGGGUUUGAGCAUAAUGAGAUCAAUUGACUUUGACUUUGCUAUUAUCCUCUGUAAGGACAUUAUGAUGAUGCAGUUAGAAUUAAGAAAGUUGAACACCAUUUGUAAAGUUUGGUCUUUAUUAUGCAGUGUUACAUAUUUCUCUUUCUUAAAUCAGAUAUUUUUUUUUCUUAAGUUUCACAGAGAGCCUCAAAGCAUUUCUUUGAAUAAUUCUAUGUAUGUGAAAUAAUGUUGGCUUAUAUUUACAAAAUAGAAGUUCAUAUAGGUGAGCUUAUACAAAUUAUUUGCUUAGUUAAGUUUUUUGGGGGGGGGCAGGGCAAUGAGGGUUAAGUGACUUGCCUAAGGUCACACAGCUAGUAAGUUUCAGGUUUCCGAGGCUGGAUUUGAACUCAGGUCCUCCUGAAUCCAGGGCCAGUGCUUUAUCCACUGCACCACCUAGCUGCCCCCACUGUGCCACCUAGCUGCCCCCUAGUAAAGUUCUUAAUGUAAUUUUAAUAAGAAUAUUGUUUGGCAAAAAUGUUUCAAAUAAAUAUAUUUUGGGCAGUGCUUUUUGCCAACAGUUUUAAAAGGGAUCUUACAUGUACAGUAAAUAUUUUAUAUUGUGAAUGAACUUGAUAUUUUGUAAAGAAAUUAUUUGUGAUAAAUAUCCUUAAAGCCUUGUCACUAUAUAGCCAUUUUGAAUUUUACUGGCACCCCUCAAACUGUCAUUUUAGCCAUUUUCACAAACGAUACCAUUUACUACUACUGAAUCUUUUAUGUGGCAGUCCACACUCAUCAUUUAAAGUCAGAGAAAUGAUUAAAUUAGACUAUGCCUGAAAUUAAAGCACAUUCUAGUAUUAUAGAAGCAAAGACUGGAUGAUCCAUUAACACUGGAGCUAUUAGUAAAAAAAAAAAAGAAAUAUAACUUAAAGCAAUAAUGUGACUCAUGAAAAGAUGGAGAAAUACCAAACGUGAUAAAAAAAUAUUGCAUAACUUAUAGAUUUCUCUUUCUGAAGCAAAUAUUUGAAAAAGUGAAAAUAUUGGUUUUUACUCUAAAGUAUCAUGUGAAUGUAUAUAGCUUUACAUAUAAUAAGCCUAUAAAAUAUGUACAUUUCUGUUGCCAAAAAACUACUUUGUUAAUGAAUAUUUACAAUCUAGACCUAUGCCUUUUAAUUUGAUUCUUAGAGAUCGUAUAAUAGUGAAUUUGAAAAUCUUAAUUGGCAACAAAGAUACAUUUAGUAUGACCUAAAAGGCUAAGUAUUAGAUAUCUGUUUAUAAAUUGUUUUUUCAUAAGAAACUUUUGCUGAUAAUCCUACUAGCUCAUUCCCACCUCCCCUUGCCCCCAACUUUUCUUUUAUAAGUUGUUGAGUAUAAUUUUGGUGACAUUCUAAGGAGUUUUGAAACACAAGAAAAAUAAAAACAACCAUUUUUCUAAAAAAAAAAUAAUCAUAAUUCUUCCUCAAUUUUGAAAC